CUUCGUUAAACCCCUCUCUCUCUCCCCCAUGGCGGCGUCGUGGAUUCGGAUUCCAUCGGCGGUGGCGGCGCUCCUCGUCGCCUCCUCCAUCCUCUUGCUAACCCUAGCGGCGGCGGAGGAGGAGGCGGAGCCCUCGCCGGUGCUCACCCUCGACGCCUCCAACUUCUCCGACACCGUCUCCAAGCACGCCUUCGUCGUCGUCGAGUUCUACGCCCCCUGGUGUGGUCAUUGCAAGAAACUUGCUCCUGAGUAUGAGAAGGCUGCAUCUAUUCUCAGUAAGCAUGACCCUCCAGUUAUUUUAACUAAGGUUGAUGCUAAUGAAGAGGUAAACAAAGAACUAGCUUCGAAGUAUGAGAUAAGGGGUUACCCUACUCUGAAGAUUCUGCGAGAUGGUGGCAAGCACAUUCAAGAUUACAAAGGUCCUCGAAAUGCUGAUGGUAUUGUUGAGUAUUUGAAGAAGCAAGCUGGUCCUGCAUCUGCUGAAAUCAAAUCUUCAGAGGAUGCUGAUAAAUUUAUCAGCGAGAAGAAGAUCUAUGUUGUUGGGGUAUUCUCCGAGUUCUCUGGAGAGGAAUUCCAAAACUUCACAGCGACUGCUGAGAAACUACGGUCUGAUUAUGAUUUUUUUCAUACGUCGGAUGCCGAUCUCCUCCCGCAUGGUGAUAAAGCAGUAAAACCACCCCUAGUCAGGCUUCUCAAACCAUUUGAUGAGCUUUUUGUCGAUUCACAGGAUUUUCAUGUAGAAGCUUUGGAGAAGUUCAUCGAAUUCUCUAGUAUUCCAAUAGUCACUACCUACAAUAAAGAUCCCAGCAACCACCCUUUUGUCAUAAAGUUCUUCAACAGCCCUGAUGCAAAAGCUAUGCUCUUUUUGGACUUUGGCAGUGAGCUAUUUGAUGCGUUCAAGUCCAAGUACCAAGAGGUUGCUGAGAGCUACAAAGGAAAGAAUAUUAACUUUUUGAUUGGUGAUCUAGAUGCCAGUGAAGGUGCUUUCCAGUUCUUUGGCCUUAAGAAAGAGCAGGUGCCCCUCAUCAUUGUCCAAGAAAAUGAACGUACGAAAUAUCUUAAACCAAAUCUCGAACCUGAACAUAUUGCAUUGUGGCUGAAGGAAUAUAUGGAUGGAAGCUUGAAACCAUAUAAGAAAUCAGAACCUAUUCCCGAAACUAACAAUGAGCCUGUUAAGCUUGUUGUGGCUGACAGUCUCCAUGAAGUGGUUUUUGAUUCUAAAAAGAAUGUUCUACUUGAAUUUUAUGCACCGUGGUGCGGGCAUUGCAAGAAACUGGCUCCUAUCUUGGAGGAAGUAGCAGGCUCUUUUCAGAGUGAUGGUGAUGUGAUUAUCGCAAAGAUGGAUGCUACAGCCAAUGAUAUGCCCGAGGAAUUCGAAGUCCGGGGUUACCCCACGUUAUACUUCGUUUCAGCAAGUGGCAAACUCGCUAAAUAUGAAGGGGACCGAUCGGCAGCGGACAUCAGCAACUUUAUUAAAAACAACAGAGAAGUGAUCAGCGAGCCCGAAUCCGGAAAAGACGAAUUAUGAUCAAGGGUUUCAUUUUCCACAGGUAGAGGGAGAAAUCAACAUAUACAUUCCCAUCCAUAAGUUUCUCAGCUAUACCAAUAAAAGCCACUUUAUUUUGUUUUUCCACUUUUUGAACUAUAGUGCUUAAAAUAGCAACAUUUUUAACCGGAUUUUAGGCUUUUUCUUGGCUGAAUGGUGAUCUGAUAUCUGUUAGUUUUAACCUUAAAUCUUAGAUAUGAUGAUUAAUGAUCAUAAUGACAUUGUUUAUUUCUCUGAACAUAGCAUAUGGGUGAUCUAGUAUCAAGAUUGUCUCCUUUAGAUGCAAUAUUUGGUGAUGUAAUAUAUUAGUUCCAUAAAUCAGUUUAGAUGAAUCUUAGAUCAA